CUUUGAUUCAAAUUCACCUUCGCCAUUGAAGAAUUCUCUCCGUUAGCUGUGAUGUGACCACUAUUCUCUUUCCUUUCAUACCCACUAUUCCUUUCUUUAUGUUAAAUCUCAGGUAACCAAAACGAUGUCGCUGAGGCGUUUCUUAGGGUAUUCUGAUGGUGAGCUCAUGAGGCCUGAUGCAAAACCUUGUUCUAGGCUAAUGAGGCACACGGCCGCAAUCUAUAGUGUUGGUGGAGCAUUAGGAUUUUGGGUUCUUUGCAGAAUGCACUAUGGUCCUCGAAUUACAAUUCCUAGGAGUCUUCGUUGGGCAGCUUGUGGAGCUGUGACUGUGAGCUCAAGCACGGCUUUGCUGGUUCGUUUGUUUAGUCCUGAAUGUGAGCCCCAGAAUAUAGCUGCUUAUGACAAUAAAAAGUAACACUCAUUUUGUUACCCCUUUCCUUUUUCCCUACUGAUUAAUACAAAAAGGGGAAAAUGAUUCGUUUGUGGUGAUGUUAUCAUUGUUUUUUUAUUUUUUUGCCGGAGAGAUGAACCAGCGAGAUUGAAAUCACA